GUGCGGUGAUCUCAGCGGCGCCGUGAUCUCAGCCGCGGCCCAGAGAGGUGACCCCCGCGGGACCGGGCCGGGCCGGCGCCUCGGCCGGCCAUUGGCAGAGGUCGCCGCCAUUGGCUGUCAAUCCCGCUGGCCCGGCCUGGCCCCGCCCCGCCGGCGCGGCGUCCCGGGACGUACGGCCGCGGGGGCUGCCGGGACGGCUCCAAGAUGGCCGGGAGCCUCGGUUCCGCUCCUGCCUGCGGCCUCGAGCCCCAUUCAUUGCCGCGCUGCUGAGCGGCGCCGCGAGUCGGCUCCGGGGCUCCGGGGGCUGUCCCCGCGGUGCGGGAGGCCGCCAUGGCGACUCUGGAAAAGCUGAUGAAGGCCUUCGAAUCCCUCAAGUCUUUCCAGCAGCAGCAGCAACAGCAGCAGCAGCCGCAGCCGCCGCCGCCGCCGCCGCCUCAGCCUCCUCAGCCGCUGCCGCAGGCGCAGCCGCCGCUGCCUCAGCCUCAGCCGCCGCCCCCGCCGCCGCCCCCGCCGCCCCCCGGCCCGGCCGUGGCCGAGGAGCCGCUUCACCGACCAAAGAAAGAACUCUCAGCCACCAAGAAAGACCGUGUGAAUCACUGUCUGACGAUAUGUGAGAACAUAGUGGCACAGUCGCUCAGAAAUUCUCCAGAAUUUCAGAAACUUCUGGGCAUCGCUAUGGAACUCUUCCUGCUGUGCAGUGAUGAUGCAGAGUCGGAUGUCAGGAUGGUGGCCGACGAGUGCCUCAACAGAGUCAUAAAAGCGCUGAUGGACUCGAAUCUUCCGCGGUUACAGCUUGAACUCUAUAAGGAAAUCAAAAAGAAUGGCGCUCCCCGGAGCCUGCGUGCUGCCCUGUGGAGGUUUGCGGAGCUGGCUCACCUGGUUCGGCCUCAGAAAUGCAGGCCUUACUUGGUAAACCUUUUGCCUUGCCUGACUCGAAUAAGCAAGAGACCCGAGGAAUCUGUUCAGGAGACCUUGGCUGCAGCUGUCCCUAAAAUUAUGGCUUCUUUUGGCAAUUUUGCAAAUGACAAUGAAAUUAAGGUUCUGUUGAAGGCUUUCAUAGCGAAUCUGAAGUCAAGCUCGCCUACCAUUCGGCGUACUGCAGCUGGCUCAGCAGUGACCAUCUGCCAGCACUCCAGAAGGACGCAGUACUUCUAUAGCUGGCUACUGAACGUGCUCCUGGGCUUGCUGGUUCCUGUUGAGGACGAACACUCUACCCUCCUGAUUCUUGGAGUGCUGCUCACGUUGAGGUAUUUGGUGCCCUUGCUGCAGCAGCAGGUCAAGGACACGAGCCUGAAAGGCAGCUUUGGGGUGACACGGAAAGAAAUGGAAGUCUGUCCCUCAACUGAGCAGCUCAUCCAGGUUUACGAACUGACCUUGCAUUACACUCAGCACCAAGACCACAACGCCGUGACUGGGGCGCUGGAGCUCCUGCAACAGCUCUUCAGGACGCCCCCGCCCGAGCUCCUGCAGGCCUUGACCGCGCCGGGCGGCGGGCAGCGGAGCGGCGCGCAGUAUGGGCCCGGCGGCCGGAGCCGCAGCGGCAGCAUCGCGGAGCUCCUAGCCGGAGGGGGUUCUUCAUGCAGCCCUGUCCUUUCAAGAAAACAAAAAGGGAAAGUGCUCUUCGGAGACGCAGCAGCCUUGGAGGAUGACUCCGAGUCCAGGUCGGAGGGCAGCAGCCCCGCCUUCGCAGCCUCAGUCAAGGGUGAGAUUGGUGGUGAGCUGGCGGCCUCUUCUGGGGUCUCCACUCCUGGCUCCGCCGGUUCAACUGCCGACUCCGUGGGGCACGACAUCAUCACCGAGCAGCCCCGCUCACAGCACACCCUGCAGCCGGACUCGGUGGAUCUGACCGGCUGUGACUUGGCGAGUGCUGCCACCGACGGGGAUGAGGAGGACAUCCUGAGCCACAGCUCUAGCCAGAUCAGCGCCGUCCCGUCUGACCCAGCCAUGGACCUGAACGAUGGCACCCAGGCCUCCUCCCCAGUCAGUGACAGUUCCCAGACCACCACCGAAGGGCCCGAUUCAGCUGUGACCCCUUCAGACAGUUCUGAAAUCGUGUUAGAUGGGGCCGACAGCCAGUAUUCGGGGAUGCAGAUCGGACAGCCACAGGACGAGGAUGAGGAGGCCGCGGGCAUUCUUCCGGAGGAAGACGUGGAUGCUUUCCAAAACUCCGCAGCUGCCCUUCAGCAAGCACAUUUAUUGAAAAGCAUGGGCCACAGCCGGCGGCCCUCCGACAGCAGUGUGGAUACGUUUGUCUCAAGAGACGAAACUGCCGAAGCAGGAGACCAAGAAAACAAGCCUUGCCGGAUCAAAGGUGACAUAGGACAGUCUACCGAUGACGAUUCUGUUCCUCUUGUCCACUGUGUCCGCCUUCUGUCGGCUUCGUUUUUGCUGACUGGGGAGAAGAAUGUGUUGGUUCCGGACAGGGACGUGAGGGUCAGCGUGAAGGCGCUGGCACUGAGCUGUGUGGGAGCCGCUGUGGCCCUUCAUCCUGAGUCUUUCUUCAGCAAACUUUACAAAGUACCUCUUGACUCCGUGGAGUACCCUGAGGAGCCGUAUGUGUCAGACAUCCUGAACUACAUCGAUCAUGGAGACCCCCAGGUCAGAGGAGCCACGGCCGUUCUCUGUGGGACCCUCAUCUCCUCCACCCUGAGCAGGUCCCGCUUCCAAGUGGGAGACUGGAUGGGCACCGUUAGAGCUCUGACAGGAAAUACAUUUUCUCUGGAGGACUGCAUUCCUUUGCUGCGGAAAACUUUGAAGGAUGAAUCUUCUGUCACUUGCAAGUUGGCCUGCACAGCUGUGAGGCACUGUGUCAUGAGUCUGUGCAGCAGUAGCUCCAGUGAACUGGGACUGCAGCUGAUCACCGAUGUACUGAGCCUGAGGGACAGCUCCUACUGGCUGGUGAGGACAGAGCUUUUGGAGACGCUCGCAGAGAUUGACUUUAGGUUGGUGAGCUUUUUGGAGGCAAAAGCAGAAAAUCUACACAGAGGGGCCCAUCAUUACACAGGGCUUUUAAAACUGCAGGACCGAGUGCUCCAUGACGUCGUCAUCUACUUGCUUGGGGACGAAGACCCCAGGGUGCGACACGUUGCCGCAGCUGCACUGAUGAGGCUUGUCCCGAAGCUGUUUUAUAAAUGUGACCAAGGACAAGCCGACCCAGUGGUGGCUGUGGCAAGAGACCAAAGCAGCGUUUACCUGAAACUUCUCAUGCACGAGACUCAGCCCCCAUCUCACUUCUCCGUCAGCACCAUAACCAGAAUAUACAGAGGCUAUAACCUACUGCCGAGCAUGACAGAUGUCACUGUGGAAAAUAACCUCUCGAGAGUCAUUGCGGCAGUUUCCCACGAGCUGGUCACGUCGACCACCCGAGCACUUACAUUCGGAUGCUGCGAGGCUUUGUGUCUUCUUUCCACUGCCUUUCCAGUCUGCGUUUGGAGUUUAGGCUGGCACUGUGGGGCACCCCCGCUGAGCGUGUCCGGUGAGUCCAGGAAGAGCUGUACUGUUGGCAUGGCCACGGUCAUCCUCACCUUGCUCUCGUCAGCUUGGUUCCCGCUGGACCUCGCAGCGCACCAGGAUGCACUGGUGCUGGCCGGAAACCUGCUCGCAGCCAGUGCCCCCAGAUCUCUGAGAAGUUCGUGGACCUCUGAGGAAGAGGCCAACCCAGCAGCCGCCAAGCAGGAAGAGGUCUGGCCGGCUCUGGGUGACCGGACCCUGGUGCCCAUGGUGGAGCAGCUCUUCUCCCACCUGCUGAAGGUGAUUAAUAUCUGCGCACACGUGCUGGACGAUGUGGCUCCUGGACCGGCAAUAAAGGCAGCCCUGCCGUCCCUAACGAACCCUCCUUCUCUGAGUCCGAUCCGCCGGAAGGGAAAGGAGAAAGAGCCGGGAGAGCAGGCCUCUGCGCCCUUGAGCCCCAAGAAAGGCAGCGAAGCCAGUCCAGCCUCUCGACAAUCCGACGCCUCAGGGCCUGUUACAGCAAAUAAGUCCUCAUCACUGGGGAGUUUCUACCACCUUCCUUCAUACCUCAAAUUGCACGAUGUCCUGAAAGCUACUCACGCUAACUAUAAGGUUACCUUGGACCUUCAGAACAGUGCUGAAAAGUUUGGGGGCUUUCUGCGUUCUGCCUUGGAUGUGCUCUCUCAGAUCCUAGAAUUGGCAACCCUGCAGGACAUCGGGAAGUGUGUCGAGGAGAUCCUAGGCUACCUGAAAUCCUGUUUCAGUCGAGAACCGAUGAUGGCGACUGUUUGUGUUCAGCAGUUGCUGAAGACUCUCUUUGGGACAAACUUGGCCUCCCAGUUUGAUGGCUUGUCUUCCAACCCCAGCAAGUCCCAGGGCCGAGCGCAGCGUCUGGGCUCCUCCAGCGUGAGGCCGGGCUUGUACCACUACUGCUUCAUGGCUCCCUACACCCACUUCACCCAGGCCUUAGCCGACGCCAGCCUGAGGAACAUGGUGCAGGCAGAGCAGGACCACGACGCCUCAGGGUGGUUCGACGUGCUUCAGAAAGUGUCUACCCAGUUGAAGACGAACCUCACCAGCACCACUAAGAACCGCGCAGAUAAGAACGCUAUUCACAAUCACAUUCGUUUGUUCGAGCCUCUGGUUAUAAAAGCUUUAAAGCAGUACACAACCACAACGUCUGUGCAGCUACAGAGGCAGGUCUUAGAUUUGCUGGCACAGCUGGUUCAGUUACGGGUCAAUUACUGUCUUCUGGAUUCAGAUCAGGUGUUCAUUGGAUUUGUGCUGAAGCAGUUCGAAUACAUUGAAGUAGGCCAGUUCAGGGAAUCAGAGGCAAUUAUUCCAAACAUCUUUUUCUUCCUGGUGUUACUGUCUUACGAGCGCUAUCAUUCAAAACAGAUCAUUGGAAUCCCUAAAAUCAUUCAGCUCUGUGACGGCAUCAUGGCCAGCGGGAGGAAGGCUGUGACGCAUGCCAUACCGGCUCUACAGCCGAUAGUCCAUGACCUGUUCGUACUGAGAGGAGCCAAUAAAGCCGAUGCAGGAAAAGAGCUUGAAACCCAGAAAGAAGUGGUGGUGUCCAUGCUGCUGAGACUCAUCCAGUACCAUCAGGUGCUGGAGAUGUUCAUCCUGGUCCUGCAGCAAUGCCACAAGGAGAGCGAGGACAAGUGGAAGCGGCUGUCCCGGCAGAUCGCCGACGUCAUCCUCCCGAUGUUGGCCAAGCAGCAGAUGCACAUUGAUUCUCACGAAGCCCUUGGCGUGUUAAAUACUUUAUUUGAGAUUCUGGCCCCUUCCUCCCUCCGUCCCGUGGACAUGCUUUUACGGAGUAUGUUCGUCACUCCAGACACAAUGGCACCUGUGAGCACUGUUCAGCUGUGGAUAUCAGGAAUCCUAGCCAUUUUGAGGGUUCUCAUUUCCCAGUCAACUGAAGACAUUGUUCUUUCUCGUAUUCAGGAGCUCUCUUUCUCUCCAUAUUUAAUCUCCUGUCCAAUAAUUAAUAGGCUAAGAGAGGGGGACAGUACUUCGACACCAGAAGAACACAGUGAAGGGAGACAAAUGAAGAGCUUGCCGGAAGAAACAUUUUCAAGAUUUCUACUACAACUAGUUGGCAUUCUUUUGGAGGAUAUUGUUACAAAGCAGCUCAGAGUGGAAAUGAGUGAACAGCAACAUACUUUCUACUGCCAAGAACUGGGCACUCUGCUGAUGUGUCUCAUCCACAUCUUCAAGUCUGGAAUGUUCCGUAGGAUCACAGCAGCCGCCUCCAGACUCCUCACGGUGGACAGCAGCGACAGCAGCUUCUACGGCCUGGACAGGCUGAACGCGCAGGUGCGCGCCAUGGUGCCCACGCAUCCGGCGCUCGUGCUGCUCUGGUGCCAGAUCCUGCUGCUCGUCAGCCACACCGACCACCGCUGGUGGGCAGAGGUGCAGCAGACCCCCAGGAGACGUAGUCUGUCCAGUACGAAGUCACUCAGCCCCCAGAUGUCCGGAGAGGAGGGGGACUCCGACGCGGCCAGUAAACCCGGAAUGUGCAACAGAGAAAUAGUGCGGCGGGGAGCUCUCAUUCUCUUCUGCGAUUAUGUCUGUCAGAACCUACAUGAUUCAGAGCACUUAACGUGGCUCAUCGUGAAUCAUAUUCAGGACCUGAUCAAUCUGUCCCAUGAGCCUCCCGUGCAGGAUUUCAUUAGUGCUGUUCACCGGAACUCCGCCGCCAGCGGCCUCUUCAUCCAGGCAAUUCAGUCUCGUUGUGAGAACCUUUCAGCCCCCACCACCCUGAAGAAGACGCUUCAGUGCUUGGAAGGGAUCCACCUCAGCCAGUCGGGCGCCGUGUUAACACUGUAUGUGGACAAGCUUUUGUGCACCCCGUUCCGAGUGCUGGCUCGCAUGGUCGACACCCUUGCCUGUCGCCGCGUGGAGAUGCUUUUGGCCGCAAAUUUGCAGAGCAGCAUGGCCCAGUUGCCGGUGGAGGAACUAACCAGAAUCCAGGAAUACCUUCAGAGCAGCGGGCUGGCUCAGAGACACCAGAGGCUGUACUCCCUGCUGGACAGGCUUCGUCUUGCUACCGCACCGGGCUCCCGUGGCCCUUCUCCUCCAGUCACGUCCCACCCGCUGGACGGGGAUGGGCCCCUGGCACUGGAGACAGUCAUUCCAGACAAAGACUGGUACCUACGUCUAGUCAAAUCCCAGUGCUGGACUAGGUCAGAUUCUGCGCUGCUGGAAGGGGCAGAACUGGUGAAUCGGAUUCCUCCCAGUGACAUGAGCACGUUCAUGAUGAACUCGGAAUUCAACUUAAGCCUGUUGGCGCCGUGCCUGGGCCUUGGCGUGCGCGAAGUCUCCGGAGGCCAGAGGAGUCCACUUUUCGAAGCAGCUCGCCUGGCGACUCUGGACCGUGUGACCGGCCUGGUGCAGCAGCUCCCUGCCGCCCACCACGUUUUCCAGCCGUUCCUGCCCGCAGAGCCCACCGCCUACUGGAACAAGUUGAAUGAUCUGUUUGGGGAUGCUGUGUUGUAUCGCUCCUUGACCACUCUGGCCCGGGCUCUGGCCCAGUACCUGCUGGUAUUCUCCAAACUGCCCGGCCACUUGCACCUUCCUCCUGAGAAGGAGAGGGACACGGUGAAGUUUGUGGUCAUGACCCUCGAGGCCCUGUCGUGGCAUUUGAUCCAUGAGCAGAUCCCGCUGAGUCUGGACCUUCAGGCGGGCCUGGACUGCUGUUGCCUGGCCCUGCAGCUGCCCAGCGUCUGGAGCGCACUCUCCUCCCCAGAGAUGGUGACCCACGCCUGUUCUCUCAUCCACUGUGUCCGCUUCAUCCUGGAAGCCAUUGUGGUGCAGCCUGGGGACCAGCUUCUUAGUCCAGACCGAAGGAUGAACACCCCAAAGGCUGCCAGAGAGGACGAAGUAGAUUCAAACACACAAAACCCGGCCUAUAUUACCGCAGCCUGUGGGAUGGUGGCAGAAAUGGUGGAGGCUUUGCCGUCGGUGUUGGCCUUGGGCCAUAAGAGGAAUAGCAGCACCCCAGCGUUUCUCACGUCGGUGCUCAGGAACAUCAUCAUCAGCCUGGCUCGCUUACCCCUCGUCAACAGCUACACGCGCGUCCCCCCCCUGGUUUGGAAACUUGGAUGGUCACCCAAACCGGGAGGGGAUUUUGGUACAGCGUUUCCUGAGAUCCCAGUGGAGUUCCUCCAGGAGAAGGAGGUCUUUAAAGAGUUCAUCUAUCGCAUCAACACUCUAGGGUGGACCAGCCGCACCCAGUUUGAGGAAACGUGGGCCACCCUCCUCGGUGUCCUGGUGACUCAGCCCCUCGUGAUGGAGCAGGAGGAGAGCCCGCCGGAAGAAGACACGGAGAGGACCCAGAUCAACGUCCUGGCCGUGCAGGCCAUCACUUCGCUGGUGCUGAGUGCGAUGACUGUGCCCGUGGCCGGCAACCCGGCCGUGAGCUGCCUGGAGCAGCAGCCCCGGAACAAGCCCCUGAAAGCUCUCGACACCAGGUUUGGGAGGAAGCUGAGCAUUAUCAGAGGAAUUGUGGAGCAAGAGAUCCAAGCGAUGGUUUCGAAGAGAGAGAAUGUCGCCACCCAUCACUUGUACCAAGCGUGGGACCCCGUCCCUUCUCUCUCUCCAGCUACUACAGGUGCCCUCAUCGGCCACGACAAGCUUCUGCUGCAGAUCAACCCUGAGCGGGAGCUGGGGAACAUGAGCUACAAGCUCGGCCAGGUGUCCAUUCACUCCGUGUGGCUGGGGAACAGCAUCACGCCCCUGAGAGAGGAAGAGUGGGAGGAGGAGGAGGAGGAGGAGGCCGACGUCCCCACGUCUGCAUCACCACCCACAUCGCCGGUCAACUCCAGGAAGCACCGGGCUGGAGUCGAUAUCCAUUCCUGUUCCCAGUUUUUGCUUGAAUUGUAUAGUCGCUGGAUCCUGCCGUCAGGGUCAGCCAGAAGGACCCCCAUCGUCCUGAUCAGCGAAGUGGUCCGAUCUCUCCUAGUGGUCUCAGACUUGUUCACUGAGCGCACCCAGUUUGAGAUGAUGUAUCUGACGCUGACCGAGCUGAGGAGGGCGCACCCUGCAGAAGACGAGAUUCUCAUUCAGUACCUGGUGCCUGCCACCUGCAAGGCGGCUGCCGUCCUCGGAAUGGACAAGGCCGUGGCCGAGCCCGUCAGCCGGCUGCUGGAGAGCACACUGAGGAGCAGCCACCUGCCCAGCAGGGUCGGGGCCCUGCAUGGCGCCCUCUACGUGCUGGAGUGUGACCUCCUGGAUGAGACAGCGAAGCAGCUUGUCCCUGUCAUCAGCGACUACCUCCUGUCCAACCUCAAAGGGGCAGCCCACUGCGUGAAUGUUCAUAGCCAACAGCACGUGCUGGUGAUGUGUGCCACCGCCUUCUACCUGAUUGAGAACUAUCCCCUGGACGUAGGCCCAGAAUUCUCCGCGUCAGUAAUUCAGAUGUGUGGGGUGAUGCUGUCCGGGAGUGAGGAGUCCACUCCGUCCAUCAUUUACCACUGCGUCCUGCGGGGCCUGGAGCGUCUUCUGCUCUCCGAACAGCUGUGCCGGCUGGAUGCUGAGUCCCUGGUCAAGCUGAGUGUGGACAGAGUGAACGUGCACAGCCCGCACCGGGCCAUGGCUGCCCUGGGCCUGAUGCUCACCUGCAUGUACACAGGGAAGGAGAAAAUCAGCCCAGGCAGAACCUCAGACCCCAGCCCCGCCGCCCCAGACAGCGAGUCCGUGAUCGUGGCUAUGGAGCGUGUGUCCGUUCUUUUCGACAGGGUCAGGAAAGGAUUCCCCUGUGAAGCCAGAGUGGUGGCACGGAUCCUUCCUCAGUUUUUAGAUGACUUCUUCCCACCCCAGGAUGUCAUGAACAAAGUCAUUGGGGAAUUUCUGUCCAACCAGCAGCCAUACCCACAGUUCAUGGCCACCGUUGUGUACAAGGUUUUCCAGACCCUGCACAGCAGUGGGCAGUCGUCCAUGGUCCGGGACUGGGUCAUGCUGUCCCUCUCCAACUUCACCCAGAGGAGCCCGGUGGCCAUGGCUGUGUGGAGCCUCUCCUGCUUCUUCGUCAGUGCUUCCACUAGCCCCUGGGUCUCCGCCGUCCUUCCCCACGUCAUCAGCAGGAUGGGCAAGCUGGAGCGAGUGGACGUUAACCUCUUCUGCCUGGUGGCCACAGACUUUUACAGACACCAGAUAGAGGAGGAGCUGGACCGCCGGGCCUUCCAGUCCGUGUUCGAGGUGGUCGCGGCUCCGGGAAACCCAUACCAUCGACUGUUGACUUGUUUGCGGAACGUCCACAAAGUCGCCUCGUGCUGAGUGCCCACGUGGGGCGGCAGCAGAGCCCGGGGGCCUGCCCGCGCCGGCGUGGCUCCACACACGGGCCCCCCUCGAGCGGCCCCGUGGCCGGGCAGGCGGUGUCCGUCUCUGCCCUGUGGCAGAAGGGCUCCCUGGCGGCAAGGCUGCGUGCGGGGAACACGUGCAGCAGCGUGGGGCCGCGCCCGAGUCCUCGCGGGGAGCGGGAGCAGCUGUGUGUCACUAACCCUCUGUGCUGCACUCGUGUCACGUGCCAGCCGCCCAGGUGUCCCCUCCUCCCGCUGCCCGGCCUGCUCGUGGUUGCUCUCGCGUCUGGGACGAAUGUCCUCGGUCCUGCAGGUUGGCUGUCGGCCUCUCUGCUGUCCCAUAGGCAGAAGGUGGCGCCAUCAGGCUUUCGAGAGCGUUCUCCGCGGCUCAGCCGGGGUCGGGCCUCACCGAGCACUGGUGUGUGCGGGUGGGGGGCUGGGAGCGCGACCCCCAGCGCCGUGCUUCCCUUUCUCUGUUUUCUUCUCAGGAUUGAAAAUUUAAUUAUAUCAGUAAAGAGAUUAAUUUUAAGGUAACUUUUUAUGCCCGUGUAGAGUAUGUGCAUCGCAAGUCUGUGCUGCAUGUGACAGCCCUCGCCGAGCCGCCCCAGCCGGUCCUUGUCCUCCCCUGUAACAGCCGGUGGGCUCUGCGGCGUGCUCCGUCCGUCCUUCCUUACGCCGUUCACGUCUGAUAAGAGCAUAGAGACGUUUGCUGAUCUGACGUCUGCAUCAUAAUUCACACAGCCACACGCUGGGGACCGGAAAGUGCCCACUCCUCUGUCCUGUGCCUGCCCGCGGCGUCCUCAUCCGUAGGACGGCUCCAGAGCCCCCACUCAGCAGCGAAGGACAGCCGUGCCGGCACCUAGCUGACAAGGCCAGCCUGCCUGGGUGCGGGCAGCCUGUCUCCAGCCCUCGUGCCCUCCAGCUCCUGUCCCCAAGCCGAGUAUGGCUGCCCAGGGCUGUCUGGCCGCUGCCGGGAUCUGCUUCCCACGUGGCCCCUCUUGUGUUGUUAGGGCCCAGGCGUGUGAUGGGGCUACAUUUGUCUGCACGCCUUGGUCGUGAGCAUAGCUUGGCUUCUUGGCAACCCUUAGGGAAAGGCCCCAGCAGCUCCUUGGCCCCUUUUCCAGCCCAGCACAUCUGCUAGGCCUCCUUCCAGCCCGGGAGGGUGUAGACCUAUGCCCCUGGAGCCGUGGUGGGGCUCAUUCGGGGGAAGGGGCAGGAAGGAGACAGGGUAGGGCAGCGACUGGCCAGCCCAUGGCCCCUCAGACCCAGGUCACUGGACCAGCUCUGUUUCCAGCCCCAAAGCAGUCAAGUCGUUCAAUGCAAACGAGGCCUGGACAUUUGGGUCGACCUUGGCUUAGGAGCUCGCGUGCCUACAAGUGGGGCUGUGCUUGCCCUCGGCCCCCAGAGGGAGGCCAGUCAUGUGGUGAAUGCCAGGCUGCUCAGCUUGGUCUUGAGUUUAAGUGCAGACAGCGUUUUGGGUAUUUCACAUGGUAAGUGGAGAUAACUUGGAAGCUAUUUUCCAGAGUCUGCAGAGAAGAAAGAGAACGAGUCUCGGUAUGUGGUUAGCGACCCUUGUGUCUGAGUGUAGGCCUGACGUCCCACUGCAGGCCACACAGCGAGCUGCAGGGCCUGGAGACCCCCGAGCUGCCCCCCACUGCCCCAGAGCUCUGUUUCUUUCCAGCCCUUUCCUGCAACAACAGUUUGGGGCCUACUGGGGUGUGGGGUUUUCCCACCAGGUCCUGCAGAGGCCCCACCGCGCCAGGGCACGAGCGAUAGAAUUGGGUCACGUGUUUGAUGCGUAGGACCAUAAGGGCACUUUAACAGAAAGGAAGUCAGCGUUGUCCCUCCCUCUGGGCUCCCAUUUCUCCUCCUGCCUUUUCCCGUAAGUCGGCUGGAACGUGUGUGAGCGCAGGAAAGUGCUCAGAACCUGCUGUCUCCCACCUGUCGCCUCGGCGGCUUGGAGAUGGGAGCACCCAGGCCUGAUGCUGUUCCUGCUGAGGAGUUUACGUCUGUAGGAAGUAACACUGUGAAUGUAAAGUUUGGAACUGUUCCCCUUAGAGUCCAUGCCACUGGGCUCACCUGAAGUGUAACUGGCUUUGCCUUGAUUGCCAUGAAAUAGUCGGUUCUUAACAGGGGCCCGGAGCCCGGCUCUGGCCACAGGUGCCACCCAAGAGACGGGCCUGUGUGCUCGGGAGAUGGAGAGGAGUCAGUGAGUGAAGUCCUUUUGGCCACGGGUGAGUGUGUAUGUGUGUGCAUAUGUGCGAGUCUGUAAUUCUGCGUAUAUCGCAGUACACAGACGCGCAAGGCUACGAGAUUGGCCGCGUAAGUUCUUUGUAGAAGUUCUAUUUCUUAGACGUGCCCUGUGGAGUUGGCUGCGUGACGGAGGUGUCUGGGAGCGGUGUCAUUGCUCGUUAAAAUCCUGCUGAGGAAAGGGUCCACCUGGCCAGCUCUCUGCACAAGAAGUUAGGACUUUAUCAGCUUACUAGAAGUCUAUAGCAAGCAGCGAUCAUAUCAUCAAUCCAAAUUUUGUUGAAAAUACCAAUUUGGCAGGUUUGUGGGGAGUGGGAGGGGGGGCUGUUUUUGUUUUCCUGCUGAUAAUAUCAGGAUGGACUUGAACGAAACCAGGGCAGAAUUGUUUGGCAAUGCACUUAAGCGUGUCUUCUCCAGAAACGUGCCUCCCUCCCCCACCGCCCCACUGAGGGCUGCAGGUGACCCCCGGCUGCCAGAGCCCGCUCCUCCUGCCCCAUCACGUUUUUGUCAGCAAAUGGAUCCUUCACAGAGGAUGAACGAGGCUGACCCCUUCAGACACCCGGAGGGCAGCGUCACGAGGCCUUGCCUCUUAAAGGACCCCCGCCGCACCCAGGCACCCCUCCGUUGCCGGCUGUCACUUCCAAGUCCCCAGGGCCGGGGGCGGCUUCUCCCGGGCAGCCGCGGUGAGCCCUGUUGCUGGUUCCAUCGGAACGGACUCUGAACAGCGGUAACUGCUUUCGGCCAUCGUGCAGGCAAUGCUUCCUUCUGCGGCGGCUGCAGGGGGCUCUGUGGUUUGGGGGGAGUGGAAUCCCAUUUCCUCUCACUGCCACGAGCGUCCUUCCUAGCAUACAUCCUCGCUUUGGUGUUUGUCCUUCCCUCUGUGGUGAGCCCUCGAAGCCGUGGCUACCGACCAGGGGGACAGUGGGGCGGUUCUGUCUAUGGGGCAACGGGCAGGGGCAGGGGAGUGGUGUGAGAGCCGCCCAGCCCCGCUGGCAAGCUCAGGAGGGCUCAGCUGGUGCUGCUGGCCCGGGCGCGGCCUCAGCGGGGAGUGGGCCGCUCAGACGGCGGUGACCAGUGAAAGUGGCCUGGAGGGGUCAGGGGUCCCGUUCCCCCGUGCACCUGUCACUUUUCAUGGCGUCGAAGGAACCCCGUCCCCACAAGCGCUUCUGGGAGCACCUGGCCCUGGACAGUCACUGCCGUUUCCUGGUGCAGACUGGGUGGCGGCCACUGGCACUGGAGGACCGUGGCCUCGUCGACCGGCAGCAAGUGGCUUGGCUCUGGGCGAAGCGGGGCCGCCUGUCCGUACACGCUGCCUCGUGCUCGCGGGUGUGAGCUCGAGACGCCCCGCCACCUCCAUCCCCGCCUGCUGGGAGCCAGGGAGGCUGUGAGGGGCACGUCCCGGAGCCCUGGCCUGGACCUGACCGUCUGCUCCCAAGAGGAGAGGGAAGGACUGACAAGCGACGUGUGUUUAAGUUUUUUAAACUUCCGCGAACAUUGUGUAUCUGAAUUAAAGGGAAAUGACACCA